CGACGGGACGGGAAGCUACAAUCGGACAGCAGACAGCCAGACGGGUGCGAACGACGGAGGAGAGAGAAAGACUACACCACGAAAGAGAGAGGACGUACGGGGAGUUGGUAUAUAUACGAGGCCUUCUCGUUAUGGAUUGCAUCGACAUUGUGGAAGAGAUUCUGCCACCUGCCUAAUCACUUCGGUUUUCCAACGCCGCCGUACCACGACAAAUUCCGCCAGCUAGUUGAUAUCUGGAACAGCAGCUGGUGCGAACUGUUCAGCGGCAUGCUACGAGGGCUGAGCGAUUUCGAGUCACGCACGAAUGGCCUGUGGCUUAAGGCUCUUCUCAGUUUUGACCAUCUCAUCAGGAAGACUGUGCCGAGCCUCCUCCUUCCGCUUCAAUCAGAUGGCCAAUUUUGA